AUGGAUGAUACUUCCCACAGCAUUGAUCAAUCGCUCUAUAUGACUGCUGCAGCUGAAAGUAAUAGCUUUAUUAAAUAUAUGCAUCAAGAAAUAGAGCCUCUUAACACAGAAUUUAUUGAAAAAAUAAUAGAAGAAAUUUUGUCUGGGAUAAAUUUCGAGAAUAAAGUAGAUUCUCUGUCUAAUGGAGAGGGUAGAAACGAUGAAACAGAAAUCAUUGGCUCGCUAUUAGAAAUUGAAUUAGAAAACGUCAGUAAUGAAUCUGAGGAAAAGUAUGAAAAAUUAUCAAAUGGCAAUAGUCUUGGAUCGAGUGAGGAAAAGAUUGAUUUUCUUUAUAAAUCCAACGGAUCUUCUAAAAACCUUCAAAAUUCAGUUUUAAGGAAGUCAGAAGCAAAAUCAAUGUCAGAUUAUUUUAAAGACACUAAUGAAGUAAAAAUUUUUGUUAAAAAAGCUACAAUUGUUUCAGAAGGCUGACUUGGAGUGCAGUCAUAUUAUGUUUACAGCAUUGAAUCUAAGUGAAAAACAGAACAAUUUCAAGUGACACGAAGGUUUCGUGAUUUAGAAUGGCUCAACCGCAUUUUAAGAGAAAGAUAUAAAGGAAUGCCAAUUCCUACUUUGCCAGAAAAAUCAAUAUUAAAUAACAGCAAUAAAAAAUUUUUAGAAAAUAGAAGAAUUGAGAUUGAGAUGUAUUUAAGUAUUCUAGGAAAACAUCCAAUUUUGAAAUGUUGUUUGCCAUUUAAAUUGUUUUUACAAUGCCCAGAUGAAACUUUUGUAACUGAGCAGCAUAAUUUAGAUGCUUCCACUAAUAAAUUCCAAUAUGCUGAUAUUGAAGACGCUUUUGAUCAAAUUAUUUCUAUCUUUGAAGCUAAGCUAAAUUAUAUUUUAAUACGAAAAAUCGAGCCUUUUAGCAAAGAGCUUGCUGCAGUUGACAAAGCAAUUUCAUUACUAUAUGAGCCUACAAACCAAUUUUACCUUGCAUUUUCUUCACUUAUAGAAUCCCAAAAUAAUUUACAAGCAAACUUGGAAAAUAUGAGUUUUCCUGACUCAGCAAAAUUUGAAAGAAUUACAGAAGAAAUUUCUCAGUCAGUAAAAAGUCCGAAUGAAGAGCUAAAAAAUUUGACGAUGAAUCUUAAAGAAGAAUCAUUAAAAACAGAAGCGUUGAGAAAUGCAAUUUUUGAUUAUAAGAAAACGAUGAAAAAAUAUUCUGAAUUUGAGCUGCUUAUUAAUAGAAAAUUAAAUAAGCAAAGAUAUUCUUCAGACCCAUCAAAAUGUGAAAAAUAUAUAAAAGAAAUUGAAUUUGUGCAAAAUGAAAUUGAAAAUAUUGAGAAAGAGCUAGAAAUGAUUGAAGAAAAUAUAAAGAAGGAAAGUAUUUGAUUUCAUGCUGAGCGGGAAGAGAGUUUUGAAAGGAUUUUGGAAAGAAUAACACAGUUUCAGAAAGAUAGGUGGCUGAUUGAGAGCAGAAUUUGGCAAGAGAAAAUAAUUGAAGGGUAA